UUUAUCGAGUCUUGUUUCUGCACAGUGGCGUUGGUCAGAGUGAAGAAGGCGACGAACGUGAACGAGUAUCAGAUUGGCUACAGCGUGAAGAUCAAUAAAAUCUUCAGGGUAAAUAGCAGAUCGUCGUAUGCAGCGUUGAAGAAGAACAUUCUAUGGACCGCCUCGUCGGAGAGCGUCUGCGGAGUCGACUUAAAAGUCGGCGAGACCUACGUUGUCGGAGGCAACACUCACGGCGAUAACGCGCACGUAUCAAUCUGCGGUAUCACGAUGCCGUGGCGUUCCGUUACCAGCAGGCAACGGAAGGGUUUCAGGCAUCUGUACCGUUUCGGUUGCAUGAAGUGUGGCAUCCAUUAUACACCUUGGCGGUCGAAGGGUGCCGCUUUGGAGCACACGGACGGUAAGAAGUGCCUAUGGGAGAGCAGACCAGGCCCUGAGGAUUGCCAGAGGGACUAUGGUAUAUGCAUGCCAGGACAAGGUGGCGUGUGUUCCUGGGUGCCAUCGGUCCCAUACAAAAACUGUAUCAAAGAGCACAAGCAGGCCCGCGAGCAACAGAGAGCACGAGAACCAUAAAUCCUGCUGUUCACAUGGGGUCCGACAUAGGACGAUUGACGUGAAGAGAGAAAUGUUCGUUGGAAAUUGACGCUGCUUAGAGAGAAACGAAGUGGCUUGGUUUUAUUUGUUGAAGAGGACCCUGGUGGGCGUUUUCAACAUCGAUUUUGGCCAUUUCUCUAGUUGUACAUAUUAGGCUGUUGAUGUAUAUUACGCAUUUUUUAAAUUAUUCUCAUUCUCAUUUGUACCUAGCUUUGCUCUUUUUUUUAUAUAAGAAGCUGCAGAAGCU